AUAUAAUUGACAAUCAGAAAAUAAUCAAUAGAGAUGUCUAAUCGGACAAAUUUAUUCAUCACUCAAGAUCCUUCGAGGUCGACUAAAUCCACUUUCUCAAGGAACCAGUCGUUGCCAUCAUUGAAAUUCAAGAAGAGCUCAAAUAUUCUAGAAUACAAGCGUAAACUUCAGGCCCAGCUAGAUCGGAUCAAGGAAGGAAAUGAGGAUAUUCAAAAGGCAAGUGGGAUGACUCAGUUGUGGAAAGAGAUGAGGAACAAAACCAUUGACUCCUGUAAUAACCUUACUGAUGGUCGCAUCAUCACGCCUGGUUCCAGAGCAGCCAGCACUGGUAAUGUUGAAGACCUUAAGAGCUGUGCCGAAGAACCUGAGGAAGAGAAGCAGCAAAGGCCAACAAUUCCUAAAAGAAAUCAAUCUGUUUUGAAAAUGAAGACACCGAAGUUAGCCAGAGAUGUUCUUGGCAAUUUGAUUCGAAGAAAAAUGAUGAGUCAAAAGUAUACGAAGGAUGGGUUAGAUUUAAGCAAGAUGAAUGCCUUCAAAGUUAUACAACUUAGAAAACAACAUAUUAAAGAUACUAAUCCUUCUGUCUUAAAUGAGGAUGAAUAUUUCGAGGACGACGGAGAAGUGACUCUUUUUAAGAGUAAUUCAAAAUUUGCACCUUCCAAGUCUACAAAAUUAAAAAACAAACUAAUUUCUACAAAAACCUUGCAACGGUACAAUUCUAUCAAGAAAGUGGCUUCACAGAACUACAUGAAAGCUAGGAGAGAAGUGUCCGAACAAAGCACUCAAAUGAAGAAAGUCCAUUCUCAAAACGACACCAAAGAAGUCCAACUGGGGAUGCAAAGGAAUCGUUCUCAGCCUACAAUCCUUCAUCACGAAUCUGUCCUUAGAGAUUGUAUCCAAGAUGUCAAGUUAAAAUAAGGAUAAAUUUUUCAGAGACAUGAAGAAAUUACGAAAGCAGUUUAAGAUUAUUCCGAAGAAUAACAAGGGCCAGCUUAACUUCUUCCAGAUGUCAACUGACCAAAUAAACAGCUAUUUCGACACAAAGAUCCAGAAGAUGAAUUCUUUGAAGCAUAGCUAUUCUGAUAGGUUCUUUGGCGAGAUUUUGAAGACCAAAAUGCAGAUAUUGUCCAAGUAUAGGUUCGAUGUAAGAGAUAAUAUAUAA